CGCCGGAGCGACCACCACAUUCAAGAUCAUCCAACAAUCUUGACACGCAACGAUGGCACCUACCAAGAAGACCAAGAAGACCGCCGACAGCAUCAACUCGCGCCUGGCGCUUGUGAUGAAGUCUGGUAAAGUCACUCUCGGAUACAAGUCUACUCUCAAGACUCUCCGUUCCGGAAAGGCUAAGCUCGUCAUCAUUGCCGGCAACACCCCUCCUCUCCGCAAAUCAGAGCUGGAAUACUAUUCCAUGCUUUCCAAGACCAAUGUGCACCACUUCGCUGGCAACAACAUUGAACUCGGAACUGCUUGCGGUAAACUUUUCCGUUGCUCUACGAUGGCUGUGUUGGAUGCUGGUGACUCCGAUAUCUUGAGUGGACAGACUGCUUAA